GUUUUUUGUGAAAAUAAACAAUUAAGCUUCAAGAAGGUUCUGAAUUUUAUUUCACUACUAGCUCUAUUAACUGUCUCAUACGAUAUUUGGAUUUGUGCAACAUUCGGAAUUAAGAGAAGUGAGGUGUUUUUUUAAUUUUUUGAGCUUUAUUCUUCCAGCAAGAUUGAAGAUUAUCAACAUCACUUAAAGAGAUGAAAAGAUUACUGCUAUUUGUGAUGUGGCUCUAUAUUAUUUCAUAUACAAGAUGUUCCGUUACAGUAAUAGAGCAAGAAGAAGAGAAGGCGAGAGAUUUCUUGACCACCUUCAACAAAGAGAUAGAACUGGACUCUAACCUUCAGAUCAAUGCCGACUGGGAUUAUGCUACAAAUAUGAAUGAAGGAAAUUUUGAAAAGAAAAGGCAAAUAACAGCUGAAAAUUCCAAAAAAGCAAAGGAAUUCUGGACGAAACUGACUAAGUUCAACUGGAGGAACUUUACGGAUCCAGAUCUGAAAAGACAGUUUCUGCUGAACUCCAUCCUUGGAUUGGAUGCUCUGACAGAGGAAGAAAUUGAUCGAGCCGGACGCAUCAGUGCUGAGAUGGAAAAAGCGUACUCGACUGCUACAAUUUGUGAUUUCAAGGAGAGAACAAAAUGUGAUUUGGCCUUGAUACCAGAUAUAGUAAAUAUCCAUGCUAACUCUAGGGAUGCAGAAGAACUGAAACAUGUUUGGAUCAGUUGGAGGGCUGCUGUUGGGCCUAAAAUACGACAUCUCUAUAGGGAAAGUGUCGAUUUGAUGAACAAAGCCGCUAAAUUGAACAAUUUCGGUACUGCUGACAAGAUGUGGCUCUUUCCCUACGAAGAACUCGAAGUAAAAGACAUCAGAAGUCAAUUCGAAAGUUUGUGGGAACAAGUGAAACCUUUGUAUCAACAGUUGCACGCUUACAUGAGAUUCAAAUUGAGGGGGGUCUAUGGGGAUAUUGUCAGUGAAAAGGGACCAAUUCCAGCUCAUUUAUUAGGAAACGUAUGGAGUCAAUCAUGGGCGAAUGCUGGUUUGGAUUUCAAGCCUUUUCCUGGUGCAACUAAUCAGGAUGUAGUUUUGAACUUACGAAAGCAGAACUUCACCGUUGAAAAGGUAUUUCAUACAGCAGAAGAGUUUUUCACCUCAAUUGGCCUACCAUCAAUGACAGAUAAUUUCUGGAAAAAAUCGAUAUUCAAGAAAAUUCCAGAUCGUGAGAUGGCAUGCCAUCCAAGUGCUUGGGAUUUCUUUAAAAGAGGGGAUUAUAGAAUCAAAAUGUGUACUAGUCUUUCUGUUGAAGAUUUUUACACUGUUCAUCACGAAAUGGGCCAUAUUGAGUACUAUAUGCAGUACAGUGAUCAGCCAGUUACUUACAGAUCAGCAGCUAAUCCUGGUUUUCAUGAAGCAAUUGGUGAUCUCAUAUCCCUGUCAGUAAAGUCACCGAAGCAUUUAGUCUCGCUGAAUCUCUCUGAAGCGGCUUAUGAUGACAAAGAAGUAAUAUUGAAUAAUCUCUACGAAGUAGGAUUAGAGAAAAUAGCCGUUUUACCAUUUUCAUACCUAGUAGAUCAGUGGCGAUGGGGAGUUUUUUCGGGUAAUAUAUCAUCCGAAGAUUACAACUGCAAAUGGUGGGAAUUGAGGGAGGACUUGCAGGGUGUUGAACCACCAGUACCAAGGACGGAAACUGAUUUCGAUCCAGCAUCUAAAUACCAUAUACCUUACUUCACGCCAUACAUAAGGUAUUUUGUAGCCACAAUACUCCAGUUCCAGUUUCAUCGUGGGAUUUGUAAGAAAUCAGGAGAAUAUGUUCCAGGCGAUCCAAAGAAACCACUACACAUGUGUGAUAUUUACCAGAAAGUUGAGGCUGGAGAUAUCCUGAAAGAAAUGUUGAAAAUGGGAUCAUCCAAACCAUGGCCUGAAGCUCUACACGUUGUAACGGGACAGAGUUUUAUGGAUGCAAGUGCUAUUCUGGAGUAUUUUCGGCCACUACAAAUCUGGUUGGAGGAAGAGAACAGGAAGAACGGUGUUCAUAUUGGUUGGGAAAAGUCAUCUCGAGACCGAUCUUCAUGCAACUUCGAAAAAAUCACAAAAAUGUGCGACAUCAGCAGUGUGAGAAAAGCGGUCGUUUUCAUUGGUCUCGCGUGCGUACUUGCGGAAACAGAGCCCCAGCUGAAUUUACCCCCUUAUCCCAGCUCCACCCCAAACUACCCCCAAUCCUACCCCAAAAACGACAUAAAUAGGAACUACCCUUACAACACCCAGUACGAUUUUGCACCCAGAAAAACGCAAGAUGGUUACGACGAUCGUGAUGUAUAUAACAGAGACAAUAUACCGCGCGAUAACCCCAAUUUUAUCUACAAUUUAGGUUACCCCGACCAACAGGGGUAUUCUACCCCUAGAACCUUCGAUCCUGAGGGUCCUAGGAACGAUAUUCCUGGAGGAAGGAGGGACGGCUUCGAUCCGAACAAUCCUGAUGAUCGAUUCAGGAACAGAUCACCGUAUAGGGGUGACAUAAGGGGGUUGUUGCAAGCGUUGGAUUUGCAAGCAUCUCAGCAAUGUACCGCAAACGUGGCUGCACAGUGGAAUUUUGAGACGAAUGUGAACGAAGUUACUCAGCUGGAAGCUCUGAAGGCUCAACAGUAUUACUCAGAAUUUCAACGUGGUUUAUGGGAUUUGAUCAAUCAUCUGGAUAAUUUGGAAACAGUGCCUGAUCCUACCAUCUUUCGUCAACUGAAGUACUAUUCGAUUGUGGGUCCAGCAGCGCUACCACCAGAAAAAUUAGAUCGGUACAACCGACUCAUAAACGAUAUGCUGUCGGUGUAUAAUAGUGCAAACAUUUGUGCCUACAAUGAGCCCUUCCGUUGCGGCUUGCGGUUGCAGCCGGACCUUGUGACAAUUAUGGCGAAAAGCCGAAACUGGGACGAGUUGCAACAUGUGUGGACAGAAUGGCGUAGAAAUACAGGUCAACUGAUUAAAGACAGCUAUGAACAAAUGGUCCAGAUUUCCAACGAAGCUGCAAAAUUGAACAAUUUCAGCGACACUGCAGAUUAUUGGAACUUCCCCUUCGAGUCAUCCAACCUUCAUGAAGAAUUAGAAGACGUUUGGCAAGAAGUGAAACCACUUUAUGAGCAAUUACAUACUUAUGUUCGGAGGCGUUUGAGGGAAUACUAUGGAUCUGAAAAGAUUAGCCGACAAGCACCACUCCCUGCUCAUAUUCUGGGUAAUAUGUGGGCUCAGUCAUGGAUAAACAUUAUGGAUAUAACUGCACCCUAUCCUGGACAAAAAUUUCUAGAUGUAACGCCAGAAAUGUUGAAACAGGGUUAUGCUCCUGUAGACAUCUUCAGGUUAGCUGAGGAUUUUUUCGUUUCACUAAACAUGACUCCUUUACCUCUGGACUUCUGGUCAGGUUCUGUUCUCCAAGAGCCUCUAGAUAGAGUUGUUUUAUGCCAACCUUCAGCGUGGGACUUCUGUAACAGAAGAGAUUAUAGGAUAAAAAUGUGUACGCGUGUAAACAUGAAGGACCUUAUCACUGCUCACCACGAGCUUGCACACAUACAUUACUUCAUGCAGUACAAAAAUCUGCCCAAAGUCUUCAGGGAUGGAGCAAAUCCAGCUUUCCAUGAAGCAAUCGGGGAAGCUAUUGGUCUAUCAGUUGGUACACCUCGUCAUCUCCAAAGUUUGGGUCUCGUGCAAACUUCGGUGGAAGAUUUAGAAGUGGAUAUCAACUUUUUAUACUCGAUGGCUUUGGAUAAACUUCCCUUCCUACCUUUCGCCUAUAUAAUGGACAAAUGGCGUUAUGAAAUUUUCAGAAAAGAAAGGCUGAAGGAUCAGUACAACUGCAACUUUUGGCGACUCAGUGAGGAGUAUAUGGGUAUAAAACCACCAGUUCUGAGAUCUGAAAUGGAUUUUGAUCCUGGAUCCAAAUACCAUAUUCCUGCUAAUAUCCCCUACCUCAGGUAA